AUGUCGCUCAACCGCCUCCUUGUCACCUUGGUCCGCCACGGCGAGUCACAAGACAACUCAAUGGGCAUCUGGGCCGGCUUUCGCGACACUCCACUCACCCAGAAUGGCAUCAACCAGGCAAGAGCCCUGGGACAGUCGUUCGCCAACGUGCCCCUCACCGCCAUCUACUGCAGCGACCUCAAGCGUGCUGCCAUGACCGCCGACGAGAUCCUCAAGUCGAAUCGAUCCAUCCCUCCGCCUCCUCUCGUGCAGUCCAAAACGCUGCGCGAGAUCAACUUUGGCCAGGCAGAAGGCCAGACCAACACCCAUACAGAGUGGAUCCAGGGCUCCACCGGCGAGGACGGCCGCAAGUUCCGCUUUCCUCAGGGCGAGUGUCUCGAAGAGGUCAAUGCCAGGAUCGCCAAGGCCGUGCGUCAAUUCAUCCUUCCGCGCGUCGAAGCGCUUCGCAAGAAACCGCCAACUCAGCAGCACGCUGCGGGUGAUCUCGGACACAUCUGCAUCGUGGCCCACGGCAUUGCCAUCGCCGAGCUCCUGCGCGUAUUCAUGUCCCUCCACGACGGCUCGCCCAACAGUCCGUGGCCAGAUCCAAAACUUUCUUAUCAACGCGUCCGGCUCGAGAACACCGGCUGGUCACGCUUGGAGCUUGCCGUGCCCUUUCAAGGAGACGACACGUCCCCCGUCGAACCGCAACCCACUCCCCUCAAGACGUCGUUCGCCCACUACGCCGACUUUGGCGACACUCCAAAUGAUCGCUCCGAGGCGUCCACAGAUCUCCUGGGUCGGCCGGUCCUGCAUCACGACCUCUCGUCCCCCUCCCUCCACGUCAACCGAUCCGGUCUCGGAGGCUCCGAGGCCGCAGCACGCCCGAUCUACGUCAAGAUUCUCUGCCAGAAUCAGACGGACCAUCUACACGGAUCUACAGCGCAGCCAUCCUCGAUGAGCUCGGCCGCCAAGGCCGUGGCCCACCUCGCUGGCGGUGGAGCCUCCAAAGCUGCAUCAGCCAGCAACCCGGCACAGGGGUCGGCGCUAGCACAGCCGGCAUCGGCAGGCGCCACAUCCUCGGCAGCAGUCGGCCUGCCCUCCUCUGCAACAAUCGCCUCCAUCGCAUCCAAUGCUACGAGCUCGCACUCCCAUUCCACUGCUGCUAUGACGCCAUCGACACCCGCCGCGGGCGCUUCUCAGGCCACCAACGGCACGAGCAAGAACUCGACGACUACGCCAGCAUCGGCGCGCAGUCUGGUCGCAUACGACGCCCGCAUGAUGACUCGGGAGCUCGAACGUGCUGGCGCCACAGCCAUGCUUUCGGGCUCCGAGGCGGGGGCCCCGGGCACGACAGGCUCGUCGUACUAUCCCUCAUCUUCCUCAACGUCUACGCUCGCUGCGGAUCGAACAACUUCAUCCGUAGGGCUCGGUGCAUCGGCCGGCAACACGAGCAUCAGUGGUACCGAGAGGAACGCCUUCAACACGUCGCCAGCGGUAGGAAGCGCACUCAGUCCGGCUCAUGUCGGUGCACCUCAAUCUGGUACGUCCGGUCAGCAAGCAUCGACCCUCUUCGGCACCUACCCGCAGACAGGCUCUGCUUCGGUCACAGGCGCCGCCUCCCCCAAUCCUGGUGCGCUGAGCUUCAACGUCGGCCCGAGCAUCUCUUCCGACACUUGGCAGAUGAUCUGCAUCCGCGUCCUGCCUCUCUUCAAUGGCGAGCCGUUGCGAACCAGCAUCGAGGAGCUCAACGAGAUGGUCACCUUACACAUCCGCAAGACGCUCGAGCGCAGCCAGACGCAUGCCAUCGAGUCGCUCACGCUCGAUCUGCUCUCACUCACCUCGACGGGAACGCUGACGCUCAACUCCAAGCUCCAAGGUCUCGAUGAUCAGCGCCUCCUGCUCCGUCUGGUCGAAGUGUGGACCUUCUUCCUCGGCCAGGUCCUUCCUUACUGCGAAGGCUGCUUCCUGCCUCUGCGUACCGAUCCCGCGCUGCGCAACCUGGUGGCGACGUCAGGGUCGUACGGCGCAGCAAACGGCGCCGGUGGCAUCGCCACCAGCAGCUCCAGUGCUGGUCUCUUCAGCGCAGGCAGCAAUCUCACCCAGUCGGGUGCGGCUCUUCUGCUGUCGGGAGCGCCAAGCACGGGCAUGGAUCUGCAGCUCAUCGACGUUCGCAAGGUGUUGAUGGUCGUCUUCCGAGAUCAGGUCUUGAUGCAGAUCUAUGAGCGGCUUUUCCAGCUCUUUGCGCACCUCACCGAGCUCGAUCCAGCCUUUGCCGCUGGCGAGGAUGCGCAUGCGGCUGGCGGUGGCGACGACGGCAUCAAGCAGGUCUCUUUGCGAUUGCUCCAGAUGACCAGCGUCCUUGCCGGCAUCCUAAGCGAGGACCAAGCGCAGGAAGCCAUGGACAAUCUGCUCCGCGCGCUCCGACUAGGCUCGAAAAGCGCCUCCACGGGACGCAGCGGUGUCGCAGGCGAUGCGCCUGGUGCGCGAUCUGCCUCGCCGAAUCAGAGGAACAACCGUCGCGGUUGGAUGGCGCAGAAGGCUCGCAAGCACGGUGUUACAUCCAACGGCGACACGGAUAUCGACCGCAGUCUCUCGGGACUGGCGCUGGGACCAGGGCAGAGCACUGGCAAGGGCUUCGCUCACACUAUGCAAACUGGGCCGGAUGGGCAUGCUCACAGCGCUCAGCACGCGUUCCUGAAGCGUCCAAGCCAGCUCACCAACUUCCGAGAUCCACUCGGCUCGCGCUACGGUUCCGCCAUGACUGAAGACGAAUACCUGACAUCGCUCCGGUCGCCUGCUGGCUCGCCCGCCAUUUCAACGCCAGGACAGCCUCAAACGCCUGCGAUCCCUUCGGCGGAGGGCGCAGCAGCAUCGGUUGAUCACGCAUUCGAGAGGCCCCAGCACGAAGAGAAGUGGAUGGCGGUGCCGUGA